ACGACAUAGCUAUAGCGUUUGUCGAUAAAGAGAUACCUCUAGGCGAUAAUAUGAAGAAAGUCUUAAUUACUAAUACAUUUGAGAAUAAACCCCUAAGCGGAUACGUGGCAGGAUGGGGUACCACUGGUGACGAGGAAGACGACAAACUACAUUCAUGCUUUCAAAAAAUAAGAUCUAUGCAUGCCUGCAACUAUGCUCACGACUUGUACUUGCCUCCUGGAAUGUUUUGUGCUGGUGACUUACUAAAUGCGAAGAACAUACCCCGGACCGUUCCGCUCGACUCGGGCAGUGCGUUCAUCUACAAAACAUUCUAUCAAAUAGGCGUGGUAUCAUAUGGAACAAACGAGUACCCAAGCCUAACGUUUUAUACCAAUGUAUCGUAUUUCUACUCGUGGAUCAAUGAGAAUACUAAACGUCUCUACUGCCGGAACACAGCAAAUAAAAUUAAAAGAAAUUAG